AUGGCCUAUAAAUCCCUCCAGGUAAUCCCAUGUUUUCAGCGUGAUGGGUUGUUCUGCCUGCAUGAAAAUGGCUGUAUUACUUUGAGAGUUCGCAGAUCUGUUGGUUGUAUAAACAGCACAUUAAAUGAAGAUCCAGAACCUGACCCCAUUCAGGAGCUGGUCUAUGACUUACGAAGUCAGUGUGAUGCCAUCAGAGUUACCAAGACCGUUCGCCCCUUCACUAUGGUGUGCUGUCCUGUGAAUGAAAAUUCUGCAGCUCUCAUAGUCAGUGAUGGUAGAGUAAUGAUAUGGGAGCUGAAGUCCACCAUUUCAGGCCGAAGUCAACGGACUAGCAAUUCAACUGCAUCACCUCUGUACUCGCCAGUCUCAUUCUGUGGAAUACCUGUUGGGGCAUCUCAGAAUAAACUUCCAGACCUGUCACUGGAUAAUAUGAUAGGGCAAGGCACACUUUCUACCGAAGAGCAACAAAAAAGUUACUGUUUGCAAGAAGUGCAUUUAAAGUUCCUGCUAACAGGGCUUCUUUCAGGACUCCCUUUGCCUCCCUUUGCUAUCCGCAUGUGCCCACCUCUCACCACAAAAAACUUAAAACAGUAUCAGCCUCUCCUUGCUGUCGGAACAAGCAAUGGCUCAGUCCUGGUGUAUAAUCUUACCAGUGGGCUCCUACACAAAGAGUUAAGCAUUCAUUCCUGCGAAGUCAAGUGAGUUUCUUUAAAUAGUUGUUGAUUUUCUGGAGAAAGGAAGAUUAAAAUGUUUAAUGUGCUAUAAGCAAUGCUGGCAUUUGGCUUAAUCAUAAAAUAGUAUGCAGGAAGAUUGUUCAAUAGGGUGGUUUUCUUUUGCAAAUAGAGCCAUAGUUCUGUGAA